AUGUCCUCCAGACGUAACACUUUGACUCGAGGCAGCAGAGGAUCAUUGUAUCACCACCACCGGUGUUCGCUGCCAGACUUGUAUGCAUCUCUUCAGAAUUUUAAUAAUGAGAACAAGAAAUCUAAUCUCCAAAAAGUCUGUGCCACAUCAUUUCAGGAAGCUCAGGAAACCCUUGAGAAGACCUUAUAUGGCUCAGCACUGGACAAAGAGGACACUGUGAGAGGCAAUGAGGCUCUCCCUGUCAUACAGACCCAGGUUAAGAAUGAGGAGCAGAAGUCACCAUCUAUGUCAGAUCUACUUCACCAAAGUUUGUUAAUGGGCUACACCGUCCCGCUGGAACAGGUAUACAGCUCCCAGCAGAGGCUGACCCAGGCUGGUAUCCCUCCUCCUCCGCUCACCUUUCCUUACGGUUUAAGGCACGAGGUGCCCAUAGUUGCUCCAACACACCACUUCAGGAAAAGGAUUCAAAGCACCACAUUCCGCAAACUUCUCCUGUCUUCCGUUACCCCAGGCAGGCUGUUCUUUGAAGAAAAAUCAGUAAGCCAUGUCUCCACAGACCCAGGAAAGCAGUUCCUGGAUCUGGCGGACCUCCAGUGGAGGUAUUUCAAGGGGCUUGCGAGGUGGGGGAAAAUGCCCAGGAUGUUUUCCUUCAUGGACAUAGAAUUCAACAGCGAGAAGAGAUUUGUAGAGAGCCAGGGCAUGCCUGGGUACAUCUUCCCUCCUCUAGUUCGUAAGACUCUGGUGGUUUACCCUCAGGUCGAGUAUGAUAGCGAGGGACAUUAUUCUGUUAACUGGAAAACAUAG